AUGGCUUUAGCGGCCUUGUUUCAUCCAUCGGAUGGCACGCCUGGGUCUUGCGGUGAUAUCACUGGUGUUGGACAGACGAUACCGAUAUAUAAACCAUGUGGCCAUAGGUCGGACCUUAAUGGUGACAUGGUCCAAUCCGUUGCAGUGAUUGUUCAGGUCUCAUCUUUCAUAGAUAUGUCAUGUGGAAGACAUUACAAAUAUGGGAUUACUUCGAACCAUAGAAUCUGCCGAAUCCCAGAAGAAGGAAACAAUACUGUUGGGGAACCUAUGGGUACGAUUGAGGCAUCGACGUCAUCGACACAAAAGGCAAGUAUGACCAUGAAUCCGACGACGUCUCCCAGUACGACACCAACUUCUACAUUGGGAACAACCGAAAUGACAUCCAUACCAAGAACCUCAACACCAGAAGCAACCACGGAGCUAACUCGACAAUCUACAUCGGCGCCAUUUACAACGCAACCAAAGGGCAGGGGCAGUUCCCCAGUGAUGGAUGAGUUUUCGACAACAGUUUCUGAAGAGCCUGCCGACCGGUCAUCAACAAGUAGUCCUGACGAUGAGACUACACCUUCGAUCCCUCAUACCUCAGUAUACAAGGUCCCAGAAUCCACAGUCCAUUCAUCGACGUCAGUAACCACAACACAAACAACUCCGAGACACGUGACCACAACAAACGCAACAUCAAAACAUGACACAAUAACUCAAGAAACUACUACACAACUACCCAAAGUACAAGAAACGGAAACUCAAGGAACUUCAACACAAGGACCCGUAAUGCAAGAAACCACAACUCAGGCAACCACAACACAACCAGUCACGACACAAGAAGCCAUAACUCGGGCAACCACAACACUUGGUACCACAACACAAGCUACUACAACGCAAUCACCCACAACGCAAGAAACCACAACACAAACACUUGCAACACUGGGUAGACCUACCACAACUCAAUCGACUACAACACAAGCAACCACAACACAAACACCAACAACAACGCAUUCAGCUACAACAAAUGCAACCACAGCAAAACCGGCUCCAACGAUAAGAACUACUCAACAAGAUACUACGGUAGCUCCGGGAAUCUCCAAAGUAUUUGUCACAGAUCACCAGAAUAACAGAAUCAUUUGGGCAGAUCUACAUGGUCCAGAGAGAAUGGAGUUUUCGGUCUUCCAGAGCCUUCCCUACAAGCCUAUGGACAUUGCCUUUGAUCAUGUAGAGCAAAUGGUUUACUGGUCGAGCAAGGAGGAGAAAAGGAUCUGGCGAAUUGAUGUGAUUGGCGUUUUAGAAAAGGAAGCGGUAAUCAAUGAGAAUUUCCAAGACGAACCACUAGGGAUUGCUAUAGCGGAGCACUCCCGACAUCUUUACUGUACAUAUGAAAGUGUGGGAUGGAUCAGUCGUGUUGAGAUUGGUAACCCUGACUCCGAGACCCUUUUUGCGGAAGGUCUCUUUAAACCUAAAGCCAUUGCCAUCGAUGAACGCAAUGGGUAUUUGUACUGGAGUCGUCAUGAAGGAAUAGACAGGAAACGACUAAAUUCGACCACUCUAUCGGGUGAUGGUGUCGAAGAGGUCAUCGAUCUGCCUGUAUUUUCGGAGAUGAAUGGACUUAUUAUCAACAGAAAUGGCACGAGACUUUUCUUCUGCGAUGAGAAUUCAAAACGAGCUCUGUACUUGGACAUAACCCGAGACGAUACCACAGCUACCACCGGGGGUAACGCUAUCGACAUCAUUGAUGAAGGAUUCCUUCUCCGUGACGUUGGCAUGGGGUCUGAUGGCGCACUCUACUGGCUGCAGCCUGGUGAAAAACGCAUAGUCGUGAUGGACGACUACCGAUUGAGCAGUGAAUUCCACUUCGAGGCGCAACAAGAAUUUGGUGACCCUCAACGUAUGCAUAUCGCCCGCGUGAUCGUAUAAACUAAUGCACGUGGGUCAUUAUAACCUGUAAACAUGUGAAUAUUGUUGAUAAAUGGAUUAAAUGAAAUAAACUUGAUAAGCGUCAGUCUACCUCUGAUUAGUCAGUCCAAUAUUUAGAAAAUAUGAAAUGAGAGCCGGGGGGGGGGGCACUUCCAUUGACGAGUGGAUACCAUGCGCGACCAUGGGGUCUCGAAAAGCACCCUAAACAAGUAUUUUUCCAUAUUCUGAUAAUGCACCCCGUAACAAGUAAUGGCGUGUUAAACCUAUACCCUUAACAAGUAUUGGAAACAAAACGCUACUCUUGACAAGUAUUUCCUGAAUGAACCCCUAAACAAGUACAAGUAUUUUAAUAGUUAUGUCACGGACAUCGGUUUUACCUUUACCUACAUCAU